UAAGGAAUCAACGCUCGUCCAGACAACAAGGCCAACACCCUUCUUUUCAUACUCUAACCAAUUGGCCGACAUAGCCAAAGAAAGCCAUUGAAAGUCCCCAACCAAAAGCCUCUUCAAAGAUGUCCAUGUCUAUAGGGAGAGCAAUUGCGCUUCGAUCAAGCUUGAGGGCAGCUUGUUGCCGGCCUGCUCGGAUCCAAUUGAAUGGUAUCAUUGGCCGGAGAGGCUAUGCCAGCGGACAUGAACAUGCCGCGAAGUCGAGCGACAUGCCAUGGCUCAUCGGCUCUGUUGGCAUCACAGCGCCUCUGGCUGCAUACCUGCUCUUCAGCGGGCCAUCGAAGUCAGGCCAUGAUUCCCAUGAUUCCCACGCCGACCAUGGAGUGAAGGACGCAAAACACGAGGAGCCGGCGGCGGAACCACCAAAGGAGGAGACCAAGGAAGAGUCGAAGGAGGAGACCAAGGAAGAGUCGAAGGAGGAGACCAAGGAAGAGUCGAAGGAGGAGCCCUCGAACGCGGAGUCUAAGGAAGAAUCGGCCCCGGAAACGAAUGCUAAGCAGGAAUCAGCCGAGGACGAGGCUCAGAACAAGGAUGAUAAGCCCGACGCCCCAAAGGAUGAGGGCCAAUCGAAUGGGUCAAGCACCGAUGGCGAAGGUUCUGCAACGCCCGAUAAUUCCAGCGAUGAGGAGGGCGACAAGGUCGCCAGUAAAAAGGCUGGCAGCGCUUGAGCGUAUGAGUCCUACACUCCCACAGCGAAUCCCUGGUCAGUGGCUGACAAUUUCCAAUGGCGGGGACCUGAGACAGUGGAAAGCCACCUGUAUAAGCCCACAGAAGCUGCGAGGAAAAUCAUUUCGCAUUUAUAAUAGGCAAUAAUAUAUCGAAGUACCCAGGUACUUAAUUCAAUGAGACCGAUCAGCUAAGACACUCCAUUUUCUGU